GAAUCAGAAUCAGUCUUUUGAUCAUUUCCAUCUUCGCGCUGAAGAUUCUGCCUCCCUCACUGAUCAAUCAAAGCCACCCUACAAACUACGCGGGAGAUCUCUACCCGCCCCGAACAAACCAUGCCUUUACCAAUCUUCUCCUCACGCUUACAGUCUUCAUCAUCAUCCACGUCAUCGUCGUCGCGAUCUUAUCUCCCACGCCCCAAGCCACGAAUCGACCCAACCCUAACCCUAAUCCCAGGCCUAUCAAACGACGUCGCUCGUCUGAUCCUCUCCUCCAUCCCUUACCCACACAUCCCCCGCCUCAAAUCAACCUCCAAAUCAUGGUACGCUUUCCUCUCCUCCAAAACCCUAAUCUCACUCCGCCACCGUAACCGCGACGACGACCCCCACCGCCUCACUCAUCUCCUCUGCAUCUUCCCUCAAGAUCCUUCCAUCUCCCCUCCUUUCCUCUUCGAUCCGGCCACUCUCUCCUGGCGAUCGCUCCCCUUGAUGCCUUGCAACCCUCACGUCUACGGCCUCUGCAACUUCGUCGCCGUGGGGCUGGGAUCGGAUCUCUACGUCCUCGGAGGCUCGGCUUUCGACACGAGGUCGUACCCUCUCGAUCGUCCUCUCCCUAGCUCGUCUGUUUUCCGUUACAGCUUCGUGAGCUCGAGGUGGGAAGGGUUAUCUCCGAUGCUGUCUCCACGUGGCAGCUUCGCUUGCGCCGCGGUGAAACCGGAUAGGAGGAUUGUUGUCGCGGGAGGAGGGUCGCGGCACUCGCUGUUCGGCGCUGCUGGGAGUAGGAUGAGUUCUGUUGAGGAGUAUGAUGUUGAGAGAGAUGAGUGGAGAGAGAUGAGUGAGUUGCCUAGGUUUAGAGCUGGUUGUGUCGGUUUCGUUGUCGAGAGAGAGUUUUGGGUGAUGGGUGGGUAUUGUGGAUCGAGGACUGUUUCCGGUGUUCUUCCUGUUGAUGAGUACUGUAGAGACGGGGCGGUGAUGAAGCUCGACGGUGGCGGCGGGGAGAAGUGGCGUUUGGUUGGAGAUAUGUGGGGAGAGGGAGAGAGAGCAAAGCUAGGGAAGAUUGUUGCUGUGAAGUCUGUGUUUUUCAUGUUGGAUAAGGAAUGGAUUCUUAGGUACGAGAUGGGUUCGAAUCGUUGGGUGAAGGAGUCGAGCGUGCCGAAGAAAGGUGCUUUUGAUAAACCGGUUGGUUUUGUUGAGGUGAAUGGUGAGUUACAUGUUAUGAUUCUCUUGGAUGGGUAUAACCUGGUGGAGACGAGGCACACUAGACAGAGGAGCAAUGCUGGUUCUUUGAUGAUUCAUGUGUAUGAUCCGAAGAAGAAGACUUGGAGAUCUGUUGUUGCUAAGCCGCCGUUUAAUCACCAGCUUGAUUUCAGGACCACGGUUAUGUGCACCAUCCGACUGUAACUCUCAUCACACGUGAUGAUCUAGAAGAAGAAAUAAGUGCGGUUGAUUGUGUCAGCUCUGAUUCUGAACAGUGCAGUUUAGUAUUAUAGUGUCGUUUGCUUUGUUUGCCUUUACAUUGUAUGUACAGGUUAAAAAAAAAAGAAUGAAGUAUGGGUAAUAUGUUAUAUUGUAAAUACAUAUCACACUAUGGGUUUUACUGCUAAACAAUGGAGGAUUUGGUCA